ACUCAAUCCUAAAAACAAUCUCGCUCGUUCAGAAGGCAGAACGGACUGUGGCUGCCAUAGGGGAGCGUGGAGAAGAGAAAAAUGGCGGUGAAGAGGUUUAUAACUUUAGAAUCUCUUGGUCUCUGCAUAUCUCACCAACUUAAGAAUUUCCACCCAAAUCAUUUCACAAUCUCUUCCAAUUCAUUUCAUUAUAGAACCAGUAGUUUGGUUGAUGUGAUGUGCAAGGUUCUUGGUCAGAGACCAGUGUAUAACGUUAAAGGGCAUCUUGUUCCUUUGGUGGGUCAUUUAUGGAUUCACUCUUGUCCAUCUCUAAACAAUGUUGACAAAGUUGUGGAGCCAACCGAAAAUUUUGAGAAAACCGCGGCGGUCUUUAGUGGUAGUGAUGUUAAAGUGAAGAGACCAAAGCUCAAAGGAAAACGAGCGGUGGUGAGGUGGUUAAAGUUCUUCAGGUGGAAGAAGAAGAAAGAGUACGAGAGAAUGACAGCUGAAGAGAAAAUCUUAUACAAGUUGAGAAAGGCUCAAAGGAAAGAAGAGAGGUUUGUUCAAGCUUUGAAAAAGAUUGAACCAAAAGAAUCAUCGGAAGCAACUCAUGAUCCAGAGAUAUUGACUCCAGAAGAGCACUUCUUCUUUUUAAAGAUGGGCCUUAAGUGCAAGAAUUAUGUGCCCGUCGGCAGAAGGGGAAUAUACCAGGGUGUGAUUCUUAACAUGCACCUGCACUGGAAGAAACAUCAGACUCUGAAAGUGGUGGUAAAGACAUUCACUCCAGAGGAAGUGAAGGAGAUUGCUGCUGAACUGGCACGAUUCACUGGAGGGAUUGUGCUGGAUAUUCAUGAAGAGAACACAAUAAUCAUGUACAGAGGGAAGAACUAUUCCCAACCACCAACAGAGAUUAUGUCACCCAGGGUCACUCUCUCCAGAAAGAAGGCUUUGGAUAAGUCAAAAUGCAGGGAUGGUCUAAGGGCUCUCAGGAGGUACAUACCAAGACUACAACAGGACCUUGAGUUGCUUCAUGCACGGGCUGGAGGAAAAGUUGGAAAAGGAACUGAACCUACUGAAGAAACCCCUGAGACUGACAUUGAUGGUGCAGAAUCUAGGAGCAUUUCAAGCAAGCAAUUGGAGAAUUCAGAAAAGCUGAAAGAAAUCAUUGAUAGGCAAGAUGAAGGCUCUGAGGAUGGUCCUGAUACUGACUUAGGGAUUGCAUCAGACUCGGAAGAUCUAUCAGACAUUUUUGAGACUGACUCUGACGCAGACACGGAGGAGACAUCAAAACGUCCACUUUAUUUGGAAGAGUUUGAAAAGUUCUCAGUUGAAGCAGACGGAGAGCCUGAAGAUUUUGAGGAGCACUUGCGCCAAAUAUCUCUGGGCUCAAAAAAGGGAGUGACAUCGGGGAAAGAUGUGGAUAUCCCCACGGGGGUAGAUGUCGAUUCACCAUCCUUUGACGAGGUUGAUCGCAUGUUUCUCCGUGCUGCUUCUCUUUUAAAGAGAAAGAAGAGAUAGGAGACGACUGACUUAUGAUAGCGGUCAUCAUUCCGGACGAUGGGUUUCUUUACUAGUUCAUACGUGAAGCCUAGCAAUAUUUGAUGGGCGUUGCAUUUUUUUUUUCUGAUUUAAAACCAUUUUGAUAGAAAUGUUUGCAAAAUGUGUUAGAAUAUGAUGUUGUAGCUUUUCGUAUUUUAUUGUAAACAUAACUUGGAACUUCAGAAACGUAGUUAUGGUGAUUACUUAGGUCCUAUUUUA